AUGUUUUUUAAUUCAAAAUUAUCUUUAUCUAUGUCUUUACAACCAACUUUGUCUGGUUCUUCUAAUGCCUUACCAACUGAUAUUACUUCUAUUACUUGUUCAAUAUGUAAAAAAAAAUUUAAAUCAAAACGUAGUUUAUCUUUGCAUCAUGCUAUAAUACAAAAAUACAAUAAAGGUAAUCAAUUAAAAACCUUACCAAAACAUUCUAUAUUAGAAUUUAAAGAAAUAUUAGUAUGUGAAAGUAAUGAAAUAGAUUCUUUAAUAGAAUUAGCAAAUCAAAACAAAUCUAUAAAAAAAAAAAAAUCUAAAUUUCAAUGUGGAGAAAUUUUGGUUGAAUGGAAACAAAAAAAAAUUAAAAAAG